AUGCGUGAGAUUGUUCACCUCCAGACCGGUCAGUGCGGUAACCAAAUUGGUGCCGCUUUCUGGCAAACCAUUGCUGGUGAGCACGGCCUUGACGGCGAUGGCCACUACAACGGUACCUCCGACCUCCAGUUGGAGCGCUUGAACGUCUACUUCACCCACGCCAGCGGUGACAAGUAUGUUCCCCGUGCCGUUCUCGUCGAUCUGGAGCCCGGUACCAUGGACGCUGUCCGUGCCGGUCCCUUUGGAAAGCUCUUCCGCCCCGACAACUUCGUCUUCGGCCAGUCUGGUGCCGGUAACAACUGGGCCAAGGGUCACUACACCGAGGGUGCUGAGCUCGUUGACCAGGUCAUCGAUGUUGUCCGCCGCGAGGCUGAGGCUUGCGACUGCCUCCAAGGUUUCCAGAUCACCCACUCCCUGGGUGGUGGUACCGGUGCCGGUAUGGGUACACUCCUGAUCUCCAAGAUCCGUGAGGAGUUCCCCGACCGCAUGAUGGCCACCUUCUCCGUCGUUCCCUCCCCCAAGGUUUCUGACACCGUUGUUGAGCCCUACAACGCCACUCUCUCCGUUCACCAGCUUGUUGAGCACUCCGACGAGACUUUCUGUAUCGACAACGAGGCUCUCUACGACAUUUGCAUGCGCACCUUGAAGUUGAGCUCCCCCUCCUACGGUGACCUGAACCACCUGGUCUCCGCCGUCAUGUCUGGUGUCACCACCUCCCUCCGUUUCCCCGGUCAACUCAACUCCGAUCUCCGCAAGUUGGCCGUCAACAUGGUUCCCUUCCCUCGUCUGCACUUCUUCAUGGUCGGCUUCGCUCCCCUGACCAGCCGCGGUGCCUACCAGUACCGCCAGGUCAGCGUUCCCGAGCUGACCCAGCAGAUGUUCGACCCCAAGAACAUGAUGGCCGCCUCUGACUUCCGUAACGGUCGUUACCUUACUUGCUCUGCCCUGUUCCGCGGUCAGGUCUCCAUGAAGGAGGUUGAGGAUCAGAUGCGCAACAUCCAGAACAAGAACGCCAGCUACUUCGUCGAGUGGAUCCCCAACAACGUCCAGACCGCUCUCUGCUCUGUUCCUCCCCGCGGCCUUCGCAUGUCUUCGACCUUUGUCGGUAACUCCACUUCCAUCCAGGAACUCUUCAAGCGUAUUGGCGAUCAGUUCUCUGCCAUGUUCCGUCGCAAGGCUUUCUUGCAUUGGUACACUGGUGAGGGUAUGGACGAGAUGGAGUUCACUGAGGCUGAGAGCAACAUGAACGACCUUGUCUCUGAGUACCAGCAGUACCAGGAGGCCUCUAUCUCCGAGGGCGAGGAGGAGUAUGCCGCCGAGGAGGGUCACGAGGAGGAGAUGUAA